UGUUACAGGCACACCUCCUCGAAAGAGACGCCGAGACGCUUUUUGGUUGUUAGGUUGGUAACUAGAGGAGUUAUUCUCUUUUUUGAGAUGGUUGUGGUAGAAAGUGUAAAGAAGACAGAGUGGUAACAGUCUAACACCAGGACCCACAAAACGACUCUCGAUAGUCAUGUCCUCGACCAAGGAAGACACUUUAUCCCCAGACGAGCUGAGGAAAAGACUCUAUCAAACGUUUAAAAAUAAAGGAGUGCUCGACACACUCAAAACACAGCUGCGGAAUCAGCUCAUCCAGGAGUUAAAACACCCACCGUUGACUGCAGGAGAACCAGUUCCCCGACCGGUAGCUGUGAAAUCUGAACCCCUAUUGGUCUCAGCCUGUAACAGCAUAGUGGCCGAUCAUCUCCGCACCUCUGGGUAUGAGUACACCCUUUCUGUUUUCUACCCUGAAAGUGGCCUGUGCAAAGACAAGAUUUCCAUGAAGGCGGACCUUCUUCAGCUUCUUAAAAUUAGUCCUGAAUCAGCCCUUUAUAGAUCCCUGUUGUCAAAUAAAGAGGAUAAAGCAGGGUUCCUGAUCAGCCUUCUAACACAGCUCACACACCAUUAUACAGCCGGCCUGUGCCAUGAUGCCGACACUCAGACAACCAGCAUAGCAAGUUACGGAGAGUCUCUGGUUGAGAAGAUGAAGAUGAUUGAUAAGGAAUAUGAGGGCUUCACUUACAGUGGGGACAGAUGGUUUUCGUUCCAGUCAAAACUGGCUGCAUAUAGAAAAGAAAUUGACACACAGACGCAAGCAGAAAUGAGCACUAAGAUGCAACAUUUUAAAGAUGUUGAAAUUGCCAAGGUGAGGAUGGAAGAAAAAGCAAACUUUCAUAAAGAGUUUGAUAAGUUGAAGCAAGAGCUGGAGAGGACUUAUGAAAUGAAGGCAAAGGCGCUGAUGGACCGGGAGAAAAAUGCCAUCGAUCGGUUACAAAAACAACAAGAGAUUGAAGAAAAAAACGUGUAUAUGCAGCGGCAAUCGGUCCUGAAAGAGAUUGAAACACUACGGAACAGAGAAAAUGAGCUGAGGAUGAGAAUGGAGGCUUUUGAACAGACUUGUCAAAUUCAAGAGGAGAAGGUCAAGACAACUGAAGAGCUGCUGAGGAGGAGGGAGUUGGCAGUGAGGACUAUGGAGGACACACACGACCAAAGGCUGAAGAAUGAACUUUCGAGGUAUCAGCUUGAGCUGAAAGAGGAGUUUAUCAAGAGAACAGAAAAACUAACCGAGAAUGAGAACAGAAAUAAAAUGGAAACUGCUCGUAUCCAAAAGGAGUCGGCUGUCAUUGAUGGCAAAUUAGAGGAGCACAGUAGAGCAUGUUCAGAGCUGAGACGGCUGCAGGUUGAGCUAGAGACAGCACAGCAGCAGAUUUCUCUGCUGACUCAGCAGAAGGAGCUGUUAAAAGAAAGACUGGAGAGCGUGAGUGACUACCCCAGCUUGAAAAGAGAGAAAGCAGAGCUGCAGGGGCAGCAGCGGCUGCUAAAGAAACAGCUGGAGGAGGCCCAAGAGGAGAACCGGCUUCUCCAUGCAGAUUUGGGCAAGCCGUCCAAAGAGCAGCUGGCCUUGCAGACGGAGCUCCGGAGGCUGCAGAGCGCUCGCAGGCUGGAUGAGGAAGAGUUUGACAACCAGAAACAGGUGCUGCAGGCACAGCUCCAGAGUGAGGUGGAGCGCUGCGCUCAGCUCAACGCUCAGUUGAUUGAGUUUGAGGAGAAAUCGCAGUGGAUGACUAACCACAUGGAGGACAUUAAGAUGCAGCUUCGCCAAACUCAACAAGCUCUUGAGAAUGAAGUGCUGCGUAACCCCAAGCCCUCUCUUGUUGAUCGCUCAGUACUGGAGCUCAGCGCUGACAAGCUGGUUCCCCCUGACAUCUAUGUGGACAGAGCUCUGCUGAGGGCCAGGGUGGGUUAUGAUGAUGUUUGUGAAGCAGGUGGUCCCUUGCGAGGAUACAAGUCGCCUUGGAAUGACUCUCCAGACUCCGACAUGGAGCUGGUGGCCGAAGCCAAGGCUCGGAUCCAGGAGCUGCAGAGGGAGGCGGAGACCCUGGAGGAAGCUUACAGGAAUUACCAGCAGAGGGCAGUGCGCUCCACCAUCUCACACAUGCUUCCCCCACAAGGGACACAUCCUUCACAUCGCCCUGACUCUCCUCUAAGAAAACAAGUCUCUUACCAACCACACACCCACUCAGCCCACAGAUCAAAGGUCUCACACAGACCACUGUCCCCACAGACUAAAAGAACCCCCUCCUCGGCACCCUAUGACACCAGAAACACAGCAACACCUGCCCAGCCAAAAGUGACCUUCUUAGAGGACCAUAACCAACCCCAGUCCACAGUUUUCACUGACCACAGUCUCCACUCAUUGACUGAACCCCUGUUUCUAAGAGAUGGAGGCCCUCAGGAUGGAAGCAGCCCUCCACCCAGACGUCUGUCCUCCACACCUCGCUCUUCUUCCAAGAAAAAGCUUCAAAGAGAGAUUUCAGAAGAAGCGACCGCGUCUCCGAUGGCGUUCCCUGAGCUGCUGCCUGACAGACAGCUCCCUCGCGCCCCCCACGACGAGGUGGCGACCUCAGGUGACUUCUCCUCUGAGCUCAGUCCACCUCGGAGUCCUCAGCUCAAGAGCACAGCACGAGAUCAGUCCAGCCCACCAAAGCUUCAGCCUGUGCUCUCCAGCUCGGAGUCUUCCCCACAGCCCGAGAAAAUCAGCCUCGAGGAUCUCACAGGGAUUUUGUCAGAGCCCGGCCACAUUCCAGAGCUUCUCCUGGACACUGCCAUCCCUCUCUCUGAGGAGGCCCCUGACGGCCCUGCUGUCCCCCGCCCACAGGACCUCCCAGAAGACCCGGUAGACUUGCAGGGCCAAGCGGAUGUCCCUCAAACCUCGAGUGAAUCUGCAGGGGGAGAAGAUGAAGAGGAUGAGGAGCAGAGGUGGGAGAGAGAGCGAACGGAAAGACAGGAACGAAGGCAAAGGGAGCAAGAGGAAGCCAGAGAGAGGGAGCUGCAAGAACUUGAAAGACUGGAGAAAGAGAUGCUUUUGCAAGACGUGGAGCAACCAGGACAAGAAAAAGAGGAAGAAGAAGAAACUGGAAGAAAUAAAGGAGGAGAUGAAGACCAGAAGCAAGAGGCAGAUAAUGGCGAGGAGAAGUCUAAAAGUGAAAAUCCAUUAGAGAAAUACAUGAAGAUGGUCCUGGAAGCAAGAGAGAAGCAGCAUGCACAGAGCCCUGCAAGAGAAGAAGCAGGGCAAACAAGCCCAGAGGCAAGGAGUUUGUCUGAGGAGAAAGACGACAGCAUCGCAGCAUAUUCACACAAGGAUGAAGACGAUGAUUUCUGGUGAGCUGGCGUCCUGGAGUGCUAUCAUCAACUGAUGAAUUAUACAAGCCGCUUUGGUUUCAAGUGUGAAGCAUUUAUUGUAUAGAUUUUCCGAUUUGUUUUUUGACACCGUUGUUUACAUCAA